ACCUCUGAGAGAGAACGCGUUCACAGCAGCUGGCAAGCUGUCCAGCUUCACGUUAACAUUAGAUAAACCCAACAGGGAGUCCUGGAAGCGUAUUCACCUGCGCAUAUGGAGCUACCAACAGAGAAACAUCUGAUUGAAGCUCACCAGGAGCCUCUUGGAUGGACGGCUUCUGCAGAGGACAAACCGUCCCGCUCGGCAUCCGAGUCCAGCGAGGACGCCUCCAGCACGGACGGCCUGUGGCGGCCCGGCCGGCUGUGCCAGGAGACGGGCUCCGUGUCUCCGGCUGAGAGGGACCGGAGACGUUUGGCCAGAAGGAGACUUUUCGUGGCCGGUGCCGUCAGCCUCGUCUUCAUGGCCGGGGAGGUGAUCGGUGGAUACGCCGCGCACAGUCUGGCCAUCAUGACAGACGCUGCCCAUCUCCUGACGGACUUUGGCAGCAUUGUGAUCAGCAUCUUCUCUCUGUGGAUCUCCUGCAGGCCUCAAACACACAACAUGACCUUCGGGUGGCAUCGAGCAGAGGUCGUGGGCAUGUUGCUGUCAGUGUUGUCCAUCUGGGCCGUGACGGCCGCGCUGCUCAUAUCGGCCACGCAGAGGAUCUCUGGCGGCGACUACGACAUCGACGCUCCCGUCAUGCUCGUUACUUCCGGCUGCGCUGUGGGGGUCAACGUCCUGAUGGUCCUGAUCCUCCACCAGUCCGGAGCCCCUCACGGCCACAGUCACGCGCUUCCCGCCGGCCGGCGCCUGCUGAGCGGCGACCACCACGACCGCGGCAACGCCAGCGUGAAGGCGGCCUUCAUCCACGUGGUGGGGGAUCUGGUGCAAAGCGUGGGAGUCCUGCUAGCUGCCACCAUCAUCCACUUCUGGCCGGAGUAUAAAGUAGCAGAUCCCAUUUGCACAUUCCUGUUCUCGCUUCUGGUUCUUGGGACGACGCUUCCCAUCACUAAGGAUGUUUUCAGAAUCCUGAUGGAGGGCGCUCCUCCCGGCGUGAGCUUCAGCGCGGUGAGACAGCUGCUGCUGUCGGUGAGGGGAGUCGUGUCGGUUCACAGUCUGCACAUGUGGAGCCUCAACACGACGCACUCUUUGCUGUCUGUCCACAUGGCCACAGAAGAUGCCGAUACACAGAUCAUCCUCAUGAAGGCAACAAAGCUCCUGCGCUCAGAGUUUGGCUUCUCCACCGUCACAAUCCAAAUAGAGACUAUUUGAAACAAAAGGGUAUUUGACAUUAAUGUUUGUUUGAGCUUUGCUUAUUCAUAUGAUUUCCAUCAGGUUGACAGCUUUUACACUAUAAAGGUUUAUUUAUGAAGUAGCUGAGAGAAUAUAAAUGAACAUUUACAGUAUCUUCAUUGAAAAAUGUAUUACACUUCUAUAUUGUGUAGCACCUGUAUAAAUUCAAAUAGAAAAUGUUUUACACCACAUUAAAGUAGACAAAUCCAUAAUUGGUUAA